AUGAUCUCCGCCUUCCCAUCGAGAGCUGCUUCUCAUCACUACUCAUUUGUUGCUGUUUCAGACGAGAUGAGGGCCCUGAUAACGCUUGAGCGAUGCGUUGCUCGAGCACGCGACGUACUUGUUCGGCUGGAAAUUAUUCAGAAACCUUCACAUAAAAACUUUAAAAAAGUUCACUCACGAUCAGGUGUCGAUGGUUUAUCCAUGUAUAAACUUCCUCGUUCCACACUUCGAUUCUUAACAAUUGGAGGAAGACGCCCACCACUUAAUGGAGUUCUUCCGUCAGAAGUCGGCGGAGCACUGUGUACUCGAUACCUUGAAGUGGUUGGUAAUGAGACUGGAGCCUUUGGAAAUGAGGUUUGCCUUCGGUUGAGCAUGUUUCUUGGGUUGUCAAGGAGAAGUCGCAAUGACAAGUUGACCGAAAAGAGGUGGAGAAUGAAAGUAAAGGUGACAAAUUGA